AUGUCUUCGCCAAUCCAGUUAUCCACUCCCAGUCGCAUCACUGCUUCCAACCUCCCUCUUGUAGUGGCAGGCUCCUCGAAGCCGCACUCGGAACCUGGAGUAGAAGUCCGCGUUGAUAAACUCGAGCCUGAACCUAUUAUGGGAGGCGAGUUAAGAAGGGCUAGAGUGGCAUCUAGCCAGAAACUGCCAACUAGCAACGACGGACAUGGAAAUUUAGAAUUAGAUCCUGUUCCGGGACUCGGAAUCGUGCUUCCGGGUGGUCUUAAUAUGUACUACCUAGACAUUGCCCCCAAUACGGAGGGCGCUGUUCACCGUACAACAUCUACGGAUUAUCUUGUCGUGUUGAGUGGGACUUUAAGCCUCAUUACCCCCCCUGACUCAUUUGAUGUUGUCAAUGGGCGUAGCACAUACGGCGAGCUUGUCGAAACCCUGUGCAAGCCAGGUGAUGUCGUACUUCAGCGCGGAAUAAUGCAUGCCCUAUCGAACCGUACCAACGAAUGGGUUCGUGUCAUCGUCAUGGUCGUGGCUUCGGAAACCAACCGUGUGUCAACCGUGGUAUCGGGUCACAGUGACCAACCAAAGACUACCAUCUUAAAUGACGAAUGGCUUCAGUAG